UUACGAACUACUGCAGUUACAUUGAACUAUUAACUAUACUUUGCAGAAAAUACUUUGUGCUACAUAACUUUUGAGCAACAUAUCUUUUAUCAUAUGGUAAUGGCUUCAAAUGUGUACUUACAUUUAAAAUGAUACAAAGCUCUGUAUCCCACCGUUCCUUUUGCGAGGGAGACUUUCUUUUAACCAGUACACCUUUACAUGUAGCUGAUGCGAUAGUCAGUGAUAAUGUAUGGAAAAUGCUCUAACAACCGAGGUGUUCAUCACAAAGGAAUUCGCUGUGAUGAAAAAUGUUCCUGGUUCCUGUAUUGCUGUUUUGCCAGAAGUAAGACUUGCUGGGAUGAAGUCGUUUUUGCUUCUUGGGUAUAACGGGUAGAACCAUAAAUAGUUGCUUGCCAUCUGACACUGAAUCACUUGUCCAACAGGUUAAACACCUCUUCGUGUGUAGAGUAGUUAAUGGCUAAACGAGCUUUGUGGCGGGAGGAGGAAGAAUUUAGUGUGGAACAAGGGAUUGAAGUAGGAGUAAUGAAAUUAAGAAUAUCAGGAAAAACCUUCAUGAAGGUGGCUGUAACGAAAAACAGUAAGGAACACAGACUAAAAGGAAACAAAGUGUCCUGUGCGUCCUCCAGCAGCGAUAGCGGCAGCAGCAGCAGCAGCUGUAGUAGCAGUAGCAUCAACAGCCCUGACAGAGCGUGCGGUGCAGAAACCAGCCUAAACCCGAUAAUUGCGGGAUCCAGUCCUGUCUCCUCUCAGUCCUUCCAUGAGCAGUCUGCACUAAGCCAAGGUCCUUACUUCUACAUCAACCAGAUCCUGAAGGAGGCACACUUUCACAGCUUACAGAGCCGGGGACGCCUUCCUACAUGAUGAACCAGCAGUUCCCUGCCUUCUGUGAAGGGACAGCACUGUGUAGAUUUGUUAUUUCAACUUAAAAGUUUGUUAAAAUGGAAUUGCACAAAACGCCUGUUGCCUUUUCAGUCUAUAUUUGAAAUAACAGGUUAACAGGAAAUUGUUUACUUGUGGUUUGCUGCACUAUUGCAAUGCAAAAGGGGCUUUGAAGCAAUUUUUAUAGGAUUCUUUUUGGGGUGGUUAUAAAGUACAUGUCAUGAGGAGACUGAGGAAUCCACAUCUGUGUUAUAGGAUUGCAAAAUGUCCAAUUCCAAUUGACUGCCUAAUCUGUUUGUUAGCAAUUUGUUGCUUUAUGUAAAGUUCUCUCAAAUGUUCAUCUUCAGUUUUAUAAGUCUUUUUUAAUUUCAAUAAACUAGUAAAAAAUUUAUUUGGCAACAUAAUUUUUUUGAGCAUUUAGAGUCAGUAAGACAGUAAGAAUAGGUGUUGUCAUAAUCACUUAGGACUGCCUCAGCUGCACACUUUCCACCCAGCUUGGUGUGCGAUGAGCCUUAUCUC